AUGCAAUCUCUAAAUCCCAGAAAGAGGCAUCCCUCUAAAACAAUAGUUAUCAAUAACAACACUACAUUUUUUUCAUCUGAGGAUAAUUCACAAAGGAGAUAAAAAUCAUUAAGGAUGAGCAAAUAAUGCAGAAGAGGUAAUAUAUUAGAUAGACAGAAACUUUAAAUUAAUAAAUUUCCUGUCAAUAUUAAACACAUAUCUGAGUCAGAAUCUGAUAGUGAUGUUUCUAUCUAAAAGUCAAUAUAAUCUGGAAGUUCAGAUUCAAGUGUGAAGUCUCCGAAAACAAUAAAAUCAAGUUCUUCUCCAAGAAUGAGAAAGGAUAUAAGCCAACACACGCAAGACUUAUUUAAAAAUGCAAUAAGAAAGACUAAAAGCCAAAAGGAUUCUGAAAAGUAGUAAUGUAACCUAUGAUUUUAGGGAGGAAAUUUAGUAAAAGUUAUUUGACAAAAUGGUUGAUAAGGCUACGCUUAAUAACUACUUGAUCCAAUAGAAAAUAGAAUAGUUUGACUCUACUAUUAAAAGGAUCAACUAAUUUUAAAAAAUUAGCUAGAAUUCAGAAUUAUCUGAAAUAUUUUCUAACCUUUCAAAAGAAGAUAAUUAAUCAAAUGCAAGUUUUUAAUAGUAGGAGAAAUAGGAUCUGUAAAGAGCUUAAUAGCAAAAAGACAACUUUUGUUAUAGUCCAAAGAUUUCCAUGUAGACUUCGAUGGCUGAAAUUAGUGUAAACUAAUAAUUAAAAUAAGUCAACCUAUUUAUACCCCAGAGUCUCGAAUUUACGUCUUACACUCGAUGGUUUUGGUCCAUUGUCAAUUAAUGAGCUAACUUAAACAUCUAUUGAUGUAAUAAAAUAAUCAUUCAUUAAAAGGCUUUUGAUUAAUUAUAAAACUUGCCGAACUAAUACGAGAAAAUUUGUUAAAAAAUAAAUUGUAAUGAUGGCUCAGAAUUUAUCAAAUAUAGAAAACUCGAAAGUUUUAGAAAAUAUCAUUUGAUAUAUGUAAUAAUAAGAAAUAAUAGAGAGCUCUUAUUUGGAUAAUUACAGAAUGUUGAAAUUGAGAAAAACCUUAAUUUAUAUAUAUUUUGUUACAAGGAGGGUCUCUAAAAUCAUAGUGAGAUCAAGAUUAUAUUAAUAUAUCUUGACUUUAGUAACAUUGGGGAACAUCGUAAUUUUUGUAUUAGAGCAUAUGUACGAUAAAGAUGAUAGAUUUGCAGAAUUUGAUAUUAGUAAUUAUUAUAAAUUAGAAUGUAGCUUUUUUAUGGUUCUACGUAGUUGAUGUAGUAUUAUAAUUUUUGGCAUUUGGAGUGUUUCUUACAAAAUUCAUCUUUAUUUCAAGAGUAAUUGAUGCAAUUUUAAUCAUUCUAUAUUACUAUCAUCUAACCUAUUCUUCGGCUGUAUUAGAUAUCACUCCACUAAGAAUGACAAGAUUGCUGAGACAUCUAGGAUUCAUAUUUACAGGUAGAUUAUAUUUAAUUAUAUCAAGGAUUAUAGAAAAUGAUAGAUGCAUUAAUAGAAUCAUUAAAAUUUAUUUUCGAAUCUACAGCAAUUGUUAUAUUAUUUGUCCUCUUUUUUGCAUCUUUAGGAACAUCAUUGUUUAUGGGUUUGUUUAAUGAAAGAUGUUUGCCGUCAGAUGAAUCAGAAUGGAUACAAUGUAGAGAAGGUUAUUGUCCUGAUGGAACUACUUGUCAAGCUACAAAUAAAUCAUAUAACAUUCCAACAAACUUUAAUAACAUUAUCUAUUCAUUUGGUCUUAUUUUAAAAACUGUAACAAUGGAUGAUUGGAGUUGGGUUAUGCAAUAUACAAUUAGAGCAUUCCAUCCUAUCAUUUGGAUUUAUUAUGUGUUAAUAAUAUUUGUUGGAGGCUUUUUCGGAUUUAAUCUUCCGAUUGCUGUAUUCAAGAUUCAUUUUAGUGAGAUGUAAUUUAGAGAGAUAGAAAAAGUAGAUGAAAAAGAGAAUGUUAUUAGCUAAUCAACUUUGAAGAGAAUAGGAUUUUAUGAUUACAUAAAUUAGAUGAAUGCCUUCUUAUUUUCAAACUCAAAUGAUAUCUUGAAGAAGGAACCUCUGAUUAAUGAAGUACAAUAAUCAAAUGAUGGAGAGCCUCGACUCUUAUUGGGAAGCAUGAUCGAUGAGAAUAGAAUAGACAAAAGUAAUUUUACACUCAUCAUGAAUAAAAUUAUGAACUUUACAUUCAAAUUCGUCCUUCUACCAAAAUUAGAAAUUCUAGAAAAAUAUUUUCAGAAUUUGGAUACUUAGAAAUUUACUUCAGAUCCUAAACUUUUAGAAACAAUUAAGAAAUUUAGUAAAUCCUCAUUUUUACUGGAAAAAUAUAUAGAUUAUAAGUAUAAUUAUGUAUAGACAAGCAAAAUGGAUGUUUUAAGGAAAUCUCUUUUUCAAAUUUUAAGAAAAACAAAAGUUAAAAAUUCUAAAAGAUUGAAAAAGAAGCCCUUUUACUACAAAUCAAUUUAAAAGAAAAAAUAUAUAGUUUAAAGUUAAUAAAGAAAAUCUAAUAAAUCGGAAUAAAUAGAUGCUUCUCCUUCAAAUAUCUAGAAAUCUCUAGUAUAUUUGCCAAUAAAGACAUCAAAUAGAAUAAUAAAGGAGAAUGAAAACACCCCUGAGAUUCAUGGCAGAAAGUCUAGUUCAGACUCCUGCUCUUCAAACAAUAGAGAAGUUCGUAUCAAAGAAGAUGUUAAAAAAUAAAGAAGAAAGUUUCAUUAUUUAACUGGGUAGUUAAUUAUUCCUGAGUAUUCUUUAAGCAAGCCAUUUACAAUAUAUCAUUGUGGCUAGUUAAAAGUGCUAAUAAAUGGAACAUAUUUAGACUAUGCUGAGGCAAAGAAAAGAAUCAAUGCGAAUUUUAAUUUUAGACAGUAAGAUGAGCCCAGAUGUUAAGAGGAAUACAAGAAAUUAGUGAGAAAAGAGGUUAAUAAAAAAUACAUAAAAUCAAGAAUUUGGUCUGGCAAAAAUGUUUUGACAAAAAAUUAAAUUUUAAUUAAAAAAUUUGAUGAUAUCUUUUAACAAUUAAAUGAAAGAAGCAUUCAAAUUUGGUAGACAUCCUUGGGUGGAAUACUAAUAACUUUACAGAAAUUUUCAUUUAGAAUAAUGCACUUCAAACUAACCAAAUUAUUUUUUGAUUUAACAAUUCUUAUUAAUACAUUUUUUUUAGCCUCAUAGGGGAUUAUCAAAAGAAAGAUAAUUAGUUAAGUAGAAGAUAUUGCUACUAUAUUAUUAUCUACUGAAAUUAUUUUUUAAUUGAUACUACAUAAACCAAGUAAAUUAUUAUAGUGAUAAUAGGAAGAAUAGCUAGGAAUAAAUAUCUUGUAAUAGAAUUACUUAUUGUAAUAUUAGGUUUGAUUGAAUUUGGAUUUAGUGACUACUUGAAUCUAAGUGAACAAUACUUAAAGUUGAUGAGAUCUACAAAGUGUCUAUUAUUCUAUCGAUGCAUAUCCUAUAUCUAUAUGGCUAGAAUAAUUGGGGCAAUUGCAUCAAUUACUUACAAAGCCUAUAUUUACUUGGCAUUUUUGAUGUUCUUUAUGAUCUUGACAUUUGGGUUGAUUGGAAUGGAGUUGUAUGGUCACAAAUUCGAUGAGUAUCAUGAAACUGGUUACAUGCAUUCAUUCGAUGAUCCAAUAAAAGCAUUUAUGACGGUAUUUAAUAUAAUGACAAAUGAUGAUUGGUUUGGAGUUUAUAAAGUUGGGACAGAAGUGCAGACAGAAUUAUCGAUCACUUACUCUAUUGUGUUAGUGUUUACACUUAACUACUUUACAUUUGGUAUUAUGAUGGCGAUAUUAUUGGAUGGAUUUAGUCAGUAUUUAGAACGGGAAUCUACAAAUGAACAUAAUGAAUUUAUGAAAGAAAAGAUCAAAUAAAAAAAUAAACUUAAUAAAUAAUUAGAUUCAGAAUUUUCUGAAAAUGAUUCAGAAUCUGACUCAAAUUCCUCUUCCUCCUCUGCUAAAUAAUAUUAAGAUUAACCUCAAGUUCACAAUAAGAGAUAAUAGGAAAGCGAAUCCAAUGACAAUAUUCAAUCAUCUGCUAAAAAUAUCAUAGUGUAAAAGAAAAGAGAUAGCAAUUUUGCUGAUUAAUUAUUUCAUUCUCUUCAAUUUCCAAUAGUCAUUACUAAAAGAUUGGAUCCAUUAGAUGAGGAGAGAAGGAAAAUCAAAGAGGAUUUUAAUAGGCUAAAGAGCAAAACUAAUAUGAUUAGAUUGAAAAGUUCGGAAUCAAAAACUAUAAAAUAUCUACAAGAGAAGAUUGAACAAAUCUCCAAAAAGAUGUUUAAACAUAAUUUAAAGAUGUAUCAAGGAGUUGAUUGUGUGUAAUCCUUCUAUUGUUUUAGUAAAUCAAAUUCUUUGAGACAGUUCUUCUUUAGAAUUAGUUUAAGCAUUUAUACAAAAUAUUUUAUUGAUUUGACAUUAUUCCUCACCACUAUUUAUUUAGCACUACCAUAAGAUAUCUAGCAAUAACCAUUGUUUGUUACUGCAUUAUUUAUUUUGAAUUCAGUAGUUUUUAUUGAAUUCGUAAUCAAAUCAAUCGCUUUGGGAGCAUUCUUAGAUGAGGGAUCAUAUCUAAACGUAUUUAUAUAUUGUUAUCUAAUAGCAUACUUGGAAGGUGGUUGAUUUAGUGUACAUAUUGGUUUAUUAUUUAGAAUUUUUCAAGAUUGUUCAUCUUCCAAUUUUUAUGGUGAUAGAGACUUUUCUAUUUUUUAGACCUUUGAAAUUACUAUAUCGAAUAAAAUGGGUGGUUAGAGUAAGGGCUGCUUUAACUUAAUCAUUAUUCGAUAUCAUAAAUGUAUUCGUAGUGUUACUUCUUGUCUGGUUGAUGUUUGCAGUAUUUUCGAUGAUGUUAUUUGCAGAUAAAAUGGGAUUUUGUGAGGAAUAAACAAAUUAUGAUGUUGGAUAUGAAGAGUGCACGAGAUUAGGCAAAGAAUGGAGAGUUUAUAAACAUAAUUUUGAUAAUAUUACUACUGCAAUGCCUACUUUGUUUAUUAUUUCAACUUUUGAUGGAUGGGGUUCAAUUCUCUGGGUUUCUCAGAAUAGCAGAAUGGCUUCAGAUGGUCCACAUCCGUAUUUCAGCUAAAUCCCUGCAUAUCUUUUUUUUUUAGCAUUUUGUACUAUUGGAGCUAUGUUUUUCCUACAGUUAUUUACGGGUGUAUUGUUUAUCAAUCUAAAGGCAAACUCAAAGCAAAUUGAAAAUCAAUAAUUAACUUAGACUCAAUUAGAUUAUAUAUAGGUGUCAGAAAUCAUUCUGCGGGAUCAUCCUAUAAGAGCAUCAUUUCCUAAAUCUUAAUUUAGAAAGUUAUUAAAUACUUUCAUCAUCAACAAAUUAUUUGAUGCAUGCAUAUUUUCUAUUCUGCUCGUGAAUUGUGUUGCGAUAAUGAUGAUUCAUCAUUCAGGUGAGGAUCAUUAUAAUGAUUACAUAAACACAAUUCAUCAUAUUUGUACCUUAAUUUUUGCUGGUUGGUUGUUGCUUCAAUUUUUGAUUUUGGGGAUCAAUAGAUUCAAAGACAAUCUAUGGAGACUUUAUACUUCCUUCGUAAUUAUUUUGGGGAUUAUUGAUUUGAUUCUUGACUAUGAAUACAAUUGGUUUCAAUUGUAUUGCAAUUCCACUCAAUUGACUUAGCACUAUUAAUUGUUAAGAGCCUUGUACACUCUUAGAAAUUUAAGAGUUAUCAUUAUAUUUCAAAAAUUGUAGAAUCUCUAAAGAUUGGUAAGAGUCAUGUACUUUGCAUUUCCAUUUAUGUUGAAGAUUCUUUUCAUUCUUCUGAUAAUAAUGGUUGUAUAUGCAUUUUAUGGAAUUAUGUUGUUUGGGAAUAUAGACAAGGGAGAGGUAAUAAAUGAUUUGAUCAACUUUUCAAAUUUUUGGUCUGCUAUGUUGACCCUUUUCAAGUGUGUUAGUGGUGAUGAUCUUCGUUCCAUAAUGAAUGAUUGUAUGCAUCACAAUCCCUAUUGUUCAGAAGAUCCUAAAUAUUGUGGUUCACCCUAUGCUUAAAUCUAUUUUAUCUCUUUCAUGCUGAUAUCUAAUUAUACGUUUUUGAAUUUAUUUAUUUUGUCCAUGAUUGAACAAUUUGAAUUCUUUUUCAACAAUCAGGACUCCAUCCUUUAAACAUACGUUGAAAAUAUUGAUUCCUUUAGAAAGGCAUGGUUCAAGUUUUCAAGUUAAAAUGGACAGGUGUUGAGUCUUAGAUAUUUGCCUCAUUUGUUGAUUGAAAUUAAAGAACCUCUAGGGUGUAAACCAUAUGAUAAUUUGUGGGAUGCUGCCAAACUUAGUUUGCAAUACAAUCUGUUUUGCGACAUGCAAGAUAACAUUUCCUACAAUUAAUUAUUAUAUGAGAUCUUCUAUCAUAGAUAUGAGCAACAAAUCUUUGAGUAAUGCUCUCAAAUGUCUGCAAGAAAGAUGUCUUAAUUUCAUAAGACAGUUCUAUUUAGAUUAGCCUAUUAUAGAAGAAAAGGAGUAAAGCAAAGAAGGACUAACAUUGGACCAUAGCUUAAAUUGGAUGGAAAUGCUAACAUUUUGAAUAUUCUAUUGAUAUCAUUAACUGCUUUCAAAGUGUGGAAGUCUUACACUCAUUAAAUAAUUGGCAACAUCAUUACUUAAUAACAAUAUUUUUCACUUCAAACUGUUAGGGAUACUGAUCUAAUCAAACAUUAAGUAACACAGAAAAGCAUCGAGAGUUAAGAAUAUAAAAUAAAAAUGAAUGACUAUCCUAUAUAUUAAAAAAGAGGGUUGGGCAGAAAUAAGAGUGUCCAAUUAUAAGGUGAGGAAAAUGAUUAUUUACCAGGAGAUUAAAUUAAUGUAUUUUAUACCUUUCUAUUAUUAGCCUAAACCUGUAUUGAAUAGAACAAAUAGUUUUGGAAUUGAAGAGGGCAAUGUUUAAAAGAUUUAUCAUUCGCAUGGAAUUUAAAAGAUGAAUUGA